ACAAAUUUUGGUUAAAAAAAAAUUGUUAAAAAAGAGUGCUUACACAAACACAUUUUUGGUGCCCAUUCAAGCCUUUUCUAAUUAAAAAAAAGGUUUAAACAACAACAAAAAACGGAAUUCUACAUUUUGUGGAUUAUUUAAGAAUGCAACAGUGACAAAAUAGCCGCCACGGAGUCGAUUCAUUUCGACAGCCGAGCAGUUUCGCUCGGCUCAGCUGUCGUUCAAGCAUCCCCAACGACACACACAUCGCCAUCGCCGUCGCCGGGUCAAGCUGCGCCGCCCACAGCCUCCUCGCCGAACGAUAGCAAAGUCGUAACGACGACAACAACUACCGAAACAACCACAAAUUUAUUGUCUGACUGCGCGGCACAAUUAAGUCCCACAAUUCCGCCAUUAGCGCCGACGACAACGCAGGGGGCAUCCUCAACGACAGUUGCCACGGGUAUGGCCCCAAUACCGCCUGAUUCGCCGCAGCAGGAAUUGGCACCGCGCAAACGUCGACGGAAACGAGACGAUCCGCAAAGUUGCACGGCAAACACAAAUUCAGAGGAAUACGAUUCAGAUGAUGCCUCACCAGCAUCGUGUUCCGAUGUCGAAACAUUUCAGGGAAAAAUUGUAUACAAUCCAGACGGUAGUGCAUACAUAAUUGACUCGGAAAAUGAGUCUCACGCCUCCGAAUCGAAUCUAAUAGGUGUACCACAAUCAAACAAUCCAAAAAUUCAUUCAUUUCGUGUUGUGUCAGCGCGCGAAGCAGCCGUUAACGACGUCGAUUUGCUGACAAAUAAUUCGAGUUCAACGGGUAAUAAUAUAAGUGUGUCGCCGGAAAAGAGCGCCGUAACGGCAAAAACGACAAGCAGUAAGAUUCACAAGCCAAUUUUGAUGUGUUUCAUCUGCAAGUUGAGUUUCGGCAACACAAAGUCCUUUACUCUGCACGCCAACACCGAGCAUCAAGUCAACUUGCAGGAAUCGGAAAAGCAGCUGCUAAGUCGCGAAUAUUCGAGUGCCAUUUUGCAGCGAAAUAACGACGAAAAGCCUCAAUUGUCGUUCCUCGAGCCGUUGGAUCAGCAACAAGCGGCAAAAUCGACGCCGGAAUCCCCAUCGCUCGCAUCCAUGAAGCAACAGCAAGAGCUGCAACAGAAGCUGAUCAACGACUUUGUGCAGCAAAUCCAGAAACAAGCCAUUGCGGCAAACAACGAUCAACAGGAUCCCAACGCAAUGUUAUUAAAUAAUAGUUCCUCCUCACUGAAAUCGCCGAAUCACGUAAACUCGUCGUCAUCGUCGUCGUCAAUGUCCCCGUCGAAGCAAACCAACAACAACAACAACAGCGGAACUGAUAAUUCUAGUAGUGCUAAUAAUAACAAUAAUAGUAGUAGUAGUGUAAUGAACAGCCAACAACAAUCAUCAAAUUCACCGUCGUCAUCAACAUCGUCGUCUACCGCCAUCGUAGCCAACAACAACAACUCCUCUGCCGCUACGCAACAACUUCUUGCCAGUACAAAUGCCGCCGCAGCUGCCAAACUGCUCAGCGAAUUUUUGCAUCAGCAACAACAGCAAUUCCAACGAUCUCUCCAGUGUCCCGAACAUCAAGGGCAGCAAGGUGUCGACUGCAAAAACUGCGAAAUGCUAAACAUCACAGGUCUGCGAUCGCCUCUGACGCCAUCAAAGUCCCCGAAUAGCAGCGUUUGCGGCGAUUCCAUCACUUCUCCAACGACUUCCACGCCUUUGCCAGCGGGAACGCAUUUAAACCUUUCGCCAGGUGCUCCGAGUUUCACAAUUGGCGCCUGUCCCGAACAUAUCAAUGGCAGGCCCAUUGGUGUCGAAUGUGCAAGAUGCGAAAUGAUUUUGAAUUCGGCCCGAUUAAAUAGCGGCGUUCAAAUGUCAACAAGAAAUUCAUGCAAAACUCUCAAAUGCCCGCAAUGCAAUUGGCAUUACAAAUAUCAGGAGACACUCGAGAUUCACAUGCGAGAAAAGCAUCCCGAUGGAGAAAGUGCUUGUGCCUACUGCAUAUCAGGACAACAACAUCCCCGAUUAGCACGCGGCGAAUCCUACACAUGCGGUUACAAGCCAUACCGUUGCGAAAUCUGCAAUUACUCGACCACGACAAAGGGCAACUUGUCGAUUCAUAUGCAAAGUGAUAAGCAUUUAAACAACAUGCAAGAGCUGAACAACCAGCAAAACAUGAACAAUAGUCAAGAGUUACGUGACUCGCCGAAAAUCAUGCUACCAAAUAUGCAAGCGAACGCAGCACAACAAGCCGUCGCCGCAGCCCAAGCGCAGCAGCAAAGUGUCGUCGCGCAACAAGCAGCAGCUUCUGCUGCAAUCGCCGCCGCGGCAUCCUCGAAACCAAAGCCCAGUUUCCGCUGUGAUGUGUGUUCGUACGAGACGAGUGUCGCCCGGAACUUGCGAAUUCACAUGACAAGCGAAAAACACACGCACAAUAUGGCCGUGCUGCAAAAUAACAUCAAACACUUGCAAGCACUGAGUUUUCUUCAGAGUCAAAAUAUGGGCCAGAUGCCAAAUCUACCAAAUUUACCGCAAAAUAUACCACCAAAUCUGCAAAAUUUCAUGCCCGAAGCUGCCCUUGCUGAUCUCGCGUACAAUCAAGCCCUCAUGAUUCAAUUACUGCAUCAAAAUGCCGCCGGCGCAGGCGGGGGAAAUCCUCAAGCUGCGAUUGCUGCUUUAGCGGCGCAACAACAACAAGCUGCCCAGCAAGCGGAACAAUCGUCUCGAGGACAAACAACGCCAAUUCCGCCAACUUCGACCCCUAUUCCGCCUUCGGGAAGUGCAAUGUCAAACGAAACUCCCGAUCACGGACUCAAUCCUGAUACCCUUGAACCGCCAAUUGAGACAGAUACGCGCCCCACGCAUCUCUAUAGUUGUCUCGUGUGCUCAAAUUUCAACACAAACAACAUGGAUGAACUCAAUAAUCACAUCAUGUACGAUCGUUCUCGCAAUAACUGCGCAAGUGACAUCAUGAUGAUCAUCAAUAACAACUACAUUUGUCGUCUGUGCAACUACAAAACGAAUCUCAAGGCAAAUUUCCAACUUCACUCGAAGACUGACAAACACAUCCAGAAGCUCAACUACAUCAACCACAUCAAGGAAGGCGGCAUGAAGAACGAAUAUAAACUCAAGUACAUCAAUAACAACAACAACAAUAACAUCGUUCAACUGAAAUGCAACUGCUGCGAUUAUUACACAAACUCCAUCCAAAAGCUAAACAUUCACAUUCAGAACAUCCGGCACGAAAACAUGAAGAUCAUCUUCAACCAUUUGAUCGCUGUGACGAGUAUCGGUUGUGAUUUGGAUGGCAAAGCGACGCCCACGGAGAUGAUGGAGACCGAUGAGAAAAAUGCGGGUAUGGCAGCGAAUCGCGCACUUUUGUGUCAGCUGUGCAACUACAAGGCUCCGCACAUUCUCGGCAUGAUACAGCACAUCAAGAGUUUGCGUCACAUCCAAAUUGAACAAUUCUAUUGUCUGCAGAAGCGAAGCGACAAUUUAGAUUCUCUCGAAUUAACAGACGUAUUUAAGGCUGUGGAGUGCGAUAUCAAGAGUGAAAAAGGAAGUCCUUUAAGUUCACCCAUCGGAAAAUCGAGUCUCGCUGCUAUGUUGGAUCCAACUCGUGUGGGAGGUUUGCCGCCAAAUCCGCUGCAGAUGAUCCUGAAAUGCAACCAAUGCGAUUAUUUCGCGGAAAAUAAGCUGCAAAUGGAUGAUCAUUUCGCGAAUUUGCAUCCGAAUGAGGAAAAUGACUUCAUUAUGUUGCCAAAUCCGAUGGCAAUGGCAAAUGCGAUGGCAUUGAAUAUGAAUAAAAUGUCCGGAAUGAACGAUGUUGACAUGAAAAGUGCGGUAAAAAUUGAGGAAGACUCCGAUAACGAAGCUGAUGUCAUGACAUGUGAGCCGGAUUUGGAGACUGUAGCUGCAAAUGCCGACGAUACGAAUGAUUGUGAAGAUUUGCCGUCAGUUAUGUGUCCUUUAUGUCAAGAUAACUUCACGGCUCGCGAUGUAUUGGAAGGACAUUUAAUGGCGAUUCAUAACGUGAACAAAGAUGGUUUGAGUCGCUUAUUGUUACUCGUCGAUACGAGCGUUUGGGACCAAAAAAAGGAAACUCCCGUGAAACAAAGUAUCAGCGAAGGUAUUGGCAAGCUCGAUCUCGAGAUGGAAUGUUUGGUUUGCGGAAGUUCGUUCAAAACGAUGCCCGAUCUUUUCAGUCAUACCAACGAUUCGCAACAUUUUAAUCAAUUAAAUGCCGAACAAUUCACUUGUUUGUUGAAAAAUUGCUCCCAACUCUUCCGUGAUGGUCAACAAGUCUUGUCCCAUUUCAAAGAUACGCACUUGAACAUUGUCAUUUCCGAACGUCACGUCUACAAAUAUCGCUGUAAACUCUGUUCGCUGGCUUUUAAGACGCAAGAGAAGCUGAACGCCCAUUCGUUGUAUCACACAAUGCGCGAUGCCACAAAAUGUAACAUCUGCAAUAGGAGUUUCCGCAGUACUCAGUCACUGCAAAAGCAUAUGGAACAGGCCCAUGCUAACAAUUCGUCUCCUGUGACAUCUCCCGGAUUGGAAAAAAUGACCGAAGAUGAGGAUCGCCCAACGAGCGCUUUGUCAAACGAUGAAGAAACAAUGAAUGACGAACCCCAUCCGGAGCAUAGUGAGUUGGAUGAGUAUUUAAAUUCGCAACCCUUGGCUGAGGAGCACUUUAAUGACCUCAAUCGCAAGUACAAAUGUCAAAAAUGCAAAGUUGCGUAUACCUUGCCAUACUUUUUGCAACAACAUUUCAAGUCCAAUAUGCAUCGCCGCAAUGAAAAGUUGAAUAAUUACCCGAUGGAGAAGUAUUUGGACCCAAAUAGGCCCUUUAAAUGCGAGGUAUGUCGCGAAAGUUUCACCCAGAAGAACAUUUUGCUCGUGCAUUACAACAGCGUUUCGCAUUUGCACAAGAUGAAGAAGCAAAAUGAGAAUAACAAUACGCCAAGUACGAGUCCGAGUAACGAACUUGACCGUAAAAGUGUCGAUUUCGAUCGUAAAAGUAUCGAUUAUGACGUUGAAACGUUGGAAGCGGGUCAAAAAAGGAAAUUGUCUCCCGAAAAUGACUAUGAUAGUCCGAAAAAACGCUUCAAAUGUGACAUUUGCAAGGUUGCAUAUGCCCAAGGAAGUACUUUGGACAUCCAUAUGCGAAGUGUGUUGCAUCAAACACGCGCCUGUCGCUUGCAGGAGGAACAACAACGUGCCCAACGUCAAGGAUUGUCGCCAAAUCUCGCGCGGAUCCAUGAAUUGAGUCAAAAUGCCGCUGCAAUUUCGCCGACCCCAUCGAAUUUGAGCAAUCCCGAACAACUCGCGGAAGGCUCGAAAAACAAUCAGAUGUUCAAGACGCUGCUGGAAACGUACGGAUUCGACAUUGUCAAGCAGUUCAAUGAGUUUGGCAAGAAUCCCGCUGCUGCUGCCGAUAAACAACUCACCGAUACCGAUGAAAAUGUCAAACAUCACUUUAUGGAUGUAGCUGCCGCUGCUCAACAGUCGAACAAUGAGACCAAUGACACUGAAGCUCUCGAUUUUUCCGCCAAAACGACGAAAGAAGACCCCAAGGAAAAGCCCCAAAUUCAAAUUCCCGAAAUUGCGAAGCAGUUGAAUAUUGAUCCUGCGGUUUUUGCGCAAAAGAUGAUGGAACAACAGUUGGCUGCGAAUUUCCCGAAUCUCCCGCAGGGUCUGCAAAACUUGCAGAAUCUUCAAAAUUUGCCGGGAAUGGGAAAUAUGCCGCAACUCAAUACGUUAGAGAUGUUGAAUUUGAUGCAAUUUCAUCAUUUGAUGUCGAUGAAUUUUAUGAAUUUGGCGCCGCCAUUGAUUUUCGGGCAAGGGCAAGGUAAUGCUGCGAAUCCAGCGCCAUCGACGACGCCUGAACAACCAUCUGUGACGCCUGUUCCGAAUAUUUUGCAGCAACAGGCGCAACAAGCUGCCGCUGCAGCUCAGGCAACUUCGAAUAAUCAAAAGAGAGCAAGAACUCGCAUUACGGAUGAGCAAUUGAAAAUUUUGCGAUCACAUUUUGACAUUAACAACUCUCCGAGUGAAGAAGCUAUUAUGGAGAUGUCGAAAAAGGCGAAUUUGCCACAAAAGGUCGUUAAACAUUGGUUCCGCAACACACUUUUCAAGGAACGUCAACGCAACAAAGACUCGCCGUACAAUUUCAACAACCCGCCAAGCACAACGCUCAACCUCGAAGAAUACGAGCGUACGGGAAACGCCAAAGUGAUCCCUUUAGCCGAAAAUACCAGUGGUUCUGAUAAUCAGGACACAAUGUCUCGCCAUCAAUCUGACACGCGUCCCGUGUCACAAGCCAGCAGCAUUGCGUCUCUCGAUCGCCACGACAAUUUAAACAUCAAAUCAGAACCGAUGGAUUUUAGUAGCAGCGAUCACGAAACUUCCAAAUCGCAUCAGCAGCAACAGCAACAAGAACAGGAUUUGCACAAUUUGUAUCAGCAGCAAAUCGCAGCGCAUGCCGCCCGAGAACGCGAAGCGCAAAACAUGUUCUACAACAGUUACGAGACAAAAAGCGAAAGCGGAAGUUCGGAUCACAUGUCGCGCCCCCAAUCGCCCUCGCCGGGCCAUUAUGGGAGCAUCAACGACUUGUUGAGUCAACAGAUGGAAUCGAAACUCAGUAACAUGGGUCCUCCGUCGAAAUUUCAACUCAGCAAGAUGUUCGACAAGAGCUACGAGACACCCGGGCAAUUGGGAUCACAGCAUUCGCCUUCGGGCACAAACACAUCGUCAAGUGGCAAACGAGCGAAUCGCACGAGAUUCACCGAUUACCAGAUCAAGGUUUUGCAAGAAUUCUUCGAAAAUAAUUCGUAUCCGAAAGACAGCGACUUGGAGUACUUGAGCAAACUUUUGUUGCUUUCGCCGCGCGUCAUUGUCGUUUGGUUUCAGAACGCCCGCCAAAAGCAACGUAAAAUUUACGAGAACCAACCGAAUAAUUCCUACUACGAAACCGAGGAGAAAAAGGCGGCGGCGACACCCAAUAUAAAUUACACGUGCAAGAAAUGCAAUUUGGUGUUCCAGCGAUACUACGAACUGAUUCGCCAUCAAAAGAAUCAUUGUUUCAAAGAAGAGAACAAUAAAAAGUCGGCAAAGGCACAAAUCGCUGCCGCACAAAUUGCACAAAGCUUGAGCAGUGAAGACUCAAACUCAAGUCUUGACAUUAAUCAUGCCAAUAACAUUCUAGGCACAUCAGGCUCUAACUCGAACUUGCUUGGCUUGGUUUCGCCCGGAUCGCAUCACAGCGCCCAAUCUGCCGCUGCCUCGAUCAUGAAUAGUAGUAAUAAUAAUAACACUGUGACACCCGUUGGUGGCCCGACUGUUGACACCUUUCAAUCUUUACAACAGCAACAACAGCAAAAGGCCCAAAGUCCCGCCGAAAACGCGCCGAAAUUCGAUUGUGACAAGUGCAAUUUGAGUUUUCCGCGCGUCGAAUUGCUCAAGGAACAUCAGUUGAUUCACAUUUUGAACCCGCAAAUGUUCGAAGGAGGCAAUCCUUUUGCUCUUUUGCAGAAUUUGCAGCAACAAGAAGAGCCAGCAGCGAUUUUGGCGCGGAAAUUUUCAACAGAAUCCGAAUCGCAAACGCCUCAAAAUGCCCCGAAUGAGGGCACAGGCAUCGAAAUGGUCGCAAAAAAGCUCCAAAAGGACCAACAUGAUUUUUUAUUAAAUUACUUCAUGCAAAACGAAACGAAUGAAGAGCUGAAGAAACAUAGCGGCAACAUGACAAUCGAAUUUCUGUUCGGAUAUUACCAAACGAACGAGAUCAAAAAGAACAAUAUGAUGAAAAAUUACGACUUUUUGCACAAUUAUUACCUGCAAAAUCGCGAAAACGACGACGAAGAAGACCCGGAAGAGUCGCAAGAGAAAUUAACUCUUGAUUUUUUGUUGAAUUUUUAUCAACUAAACGAAUCCAAAAAACUUUUGGCUGAACAAGGACAGAAUUUCAGCUCGGCUCUUUCGACGACAUCGUCAAACAGUCACACAGAUGCCACGCCAACGACAAAUAUUAUUGCGACGGCAGCGGAAAAGCAAGCCAACAAGCGUUUGAGAACGACAAUCUUGCCGGAACAACUGAACUUUUUGUAUGAAUGUUAUCAAACCGAGUCGAAUCCAAGCCGGAAAAUGUUGGAAGAGAUUUCCAAGAAAGUCAACUUGAAGAAACGCGUCGUACAGGUUUGGUAUCAAAACUCUCGAGCCCGUGAACGUAAAGGUCAAUUCCGUCAAAAUAUGCAAAUAAUCAACAAAAAGUGUCCCUACUGCAGCGCCAUCUUCAAAGUCAAAUCCGCUCUCGAGUCGCACAUGCAAGCGAAGCAUCCGGAAAAACCCCCAAUUAACAUCGAACUGAUUCCCGACGUCAAAUUUUGUGUCUCAGAUCCGCAUGCGGAUCUCAAAUUAUCGCAACUCGAUGGAACAUUCGGUCUCGAUUUGUCGCAGCAACUCAUGCAAAUGGCAAAUAACGAGGAUUUUUGCGAAAGUAUCAUCAGUUUUAGUGAUUCAAACUUUGAACACGAUGACGAAGAUGAUGAUGAUAUGCGUUCCGAUGAGUGUUCGAACAAUCCGCAUCCAGCAGAUAACGAUCAAUUUUACAUUUCAAGCCCGUCAUCGACCCAAAGUCAACCCAUGACGCCAAUUCAGAGCAAUUUACCCGCCGUUGGAGACGUAAAGAAGCGAAAUCGGACAAGCGUGUCGCGAUUACAAGUCAAUAUCCUGCGACAAGUGUUCCGGGACGUGAAAAAUCCAACGAUGAAAAAUUGCUUUAGCAUUGGGAAGGAGAUCGGUCUCACGAAACGAGUUAUUCAGGUUUGGUUCCAAAAUGCACGAGCUAAGGAAAAGAAGAGUCGUAACAAUCGUUUCGCCGAGGAGAGUGUCAGUCAGUCCGAAAAUGAAUUUAACACCUCAAACCCUCCCGUCGCGGAUGAAUGUAAAAUCUGUAACGUUGUCUAUUCAGAGCAAAAUCCCAUGCAAGAACACGUUUUUUCCGCCCAACAUAUCAACCGAAUCCGUUCCAUCUUGGAAAAUGGCGAACAAAAUGACACAAAUCUCCCCGAAAAUGACAACAAUGAUGACGAUCACGACAUUUCCAGCGAAAAAUCAGACCAACUUCAGCAAUUAAAGAAUUUUAAGACAAAAAUCGAUCCAAACAACGACAAACUCGGCUUUUACAACCAAUUUUUGAUGCAAAAUAACAUGUUGGGAACUCCCGAUGCGACUAAAGAACAGCAAAAUAAUGGACCGGAGAACUUUUUAAACAUUUUACGCAUGCAACAAAUGCAGCAACAACAACAAGCGACGAACAAAGACGGGUCAGGACAAUCCAACGAGGAGAAUAAUGGCUCGUCGACAAAUGGCUUGGAAAAUAAUCUCUUGCUGCAGAUAAAUACGACGGAUAAAGCGAGUAAUGCAGCGAACACAAAUAACAAUGAAAUCCUGCAACAACUGUAUAAUUAUAGCCAAAUGAGUGUUAUCGGAGGAAAGUAAAUAAAAACAACAUUUAUGGACAUCACAACAAAUAUUUGCAUAUUAACCAUUAAAAUAAUCAAAAGAGACAUCAGUAGGAAAGCUUCGU